AUGACGGCCACCGCGCCAGAGGCAACUGAGCCUCUUGACCGUCAUAAGGUCUGUCCGUUCCUUCUGAAUGUCUUUAUCAAGAAGGGCGGCCACUACCCUGCCUCCGUCUACGCGGCCAAGUCCGCUCACCGGGACAGCCUCCAGAUUUACACCUGGCUCGAUGCGAGCCUUGCUGAGCUCUUCCAACUUGUGAGCUCGCGCAUUGAUAUUGAGCCAACCGCCGUGCUGCUCUUCGCCCGGGUCUUCCACUCCCCCGAGGGCCAGCUCACCUACAAUGCCAUGGGGUCUGUGCCGGCCUCCUUGCUGGAUGAGGGCACCCGCGCCAAGCGCGCCACCGCGGCACAGAUCCGCGAGUCCAGCCGCACACUCAAGGAGCUGGGCUUUGCCAUUGGCGAUUUCAUCGACAUCGCCGUGGUCGACGAGCGCAACCUGGCCAACCCGCAGGUGUACAUCCGCGAGGCGAUGGAGUCGCAUGCGGGCAAUGCGCGUCGCGGCAGCCAGGGCCCCCACCAAGGCGGCCACAUGCACCGCGGGCGUGACGAUCGGCCCGGCCGUGGUGCGCGCGGCGGCGGUGGCGGCGGCCAUGGCGGCCACGGCGGCCACGGUGGCCACGGCGGCCACGGCGGCCACGGUCCUGGCGGUCGCGGCGGGCGUGGCAGUCGCGGCGGCGGCUUCCGCGGGCGCAGCCGCAGCCGCAGCCCUGGUCGGUACUAUUCCGGCCGGCGUCGUCGGUCUUUCUCGCGCAGCCGGUCGCGUUCGCCCCCGCGUUGGGGUGGUGGCCCGGGCGGCGGCUACCGUGGCUACUCGCGUAGCCGGUCGCCCCCUGCCUUCCGGCCGUCUUACUAUGGGAAUCGCGGUCCAGGUGGCCCUGGGGCUGGUGGCUUCCGGUCGCGGUCGCGGUCGCGGUCGCCGGUGUAUGCCCACGGCCGCUACCGGUCGCCGUCGCCGUAUGGCCGCCGCUGGUCGCGGUCUCGCUCGCCCUCGCCUCCGCGCUCGCGUGGCGAGGCCUACCCCCCGGCCCAUCGUCGGCGGUCCUUCUCUCGUGGCCGGAGCUUCAGUCGCAGCCGCAGCCGCAGCCGCAGCCCGCCCUCCUACCGCCGCCGGUCGCGUAGCCCGUACUGA